AUGUGUCGGAUGGCAUCCAUGUAUAUAUGUAUGCAUUUGUCUUGCAACGGCUACUUCUUUUCUUUCAUGUACACUUUUGUUUUUGUUUUUGUUUCCCCCCCUAGGUUGAGGCCCAACGGAUCCAUCACACCUGCAUUUGGUGUAGAGGCAAAAAAAGAAAAGAAAAAAGAAGAAACAAAGGGACUUGUACAAAUGUCGUUUCUGACACGAGAGAAAUCGAACAACGCCUCCGCAGACAGUGGCGGCAGUUACCCACCGAAGACGAAGGAUCCGCUGCAAGCCGAUAUUCGGGAGUCUGUCUUUGUGAGUUACGAAGAGCGGCUGCCACAGGAGCGGAAGAGUAGAGGACGCGGUGCGAAGAAGAGGAGUUCCAGUGGGAAGAAAAUGUCCUCCCACGUCGAAAAUGCCAACGAAAGCAGCAGCCGAAUGAACAGGCGGGAUAACGGUGACAAUAUUGUCGCAGCGACGCGCGGCAGGUGCUCGAAGGAUAAGAACCGCAUAUUGGCGUUAUCACCGAGCCAGUCGGUCCCGUCAAAUGAACUACGCGUGCCUUUGACCUCCGCUCGUGUACUCCGAGGAUCGCAGUUUAGCAGCGUCGCAGGUGGUGGCAUCCCGACUCCCUCGUCACCUCCAUCGGGAAACGAAGGCAAUGGAACGGCAAGUGGCAAGGACCCCGUGCGUAUGGACUCCACAUUCUCAUUGAACCCAGAGGAACCCCUUGUCAACUUCAUCUUAACGGAAGAUUUGCCUGUCGCACCCUCCCGUCGAUAG